AUGAUGAGCAACAACUACGGCGACGAGCAGCUGCCCCCGCAGUACUACCAGGCCACCGACUUUGGGGACGAGGAGGACGACGAGAUGCCGGCCACGGAGAAGGACCUGGCCGAGGACGCGCCUUGGAAGAAGAUCCAGCAGAACACCUUCACCAGGUGGUGCAACGAGCACCUCAAGUGCGUCAACAAGACCGUCACCGACCUGCAGAGGGAUUUUACUGACGGGCUGAAGCUCAUCUCCCUGCUGGAGGUGCUGAGCCAGAAGAAGAUGUACAGAAAGUGCCACAUCAGACCCAACUUCCGUCAGAUGAAGCUGGAAAACGUUUCUGUGGCACUCGAGUUCCUGGACAGGGAGCACAUCAAACUGGUCUCCAUAGAUAGCAAAGCCAUUGUGGACGGGAAUCUAAAGCUGAUCCUGGGUCUGAUCUGGACCCUCAUCCUCCACUACUCCAUCUCCAUGCCCAUGUGGGACGACGAGGACGACGAGGAGUCUAAGAAGCUGACCCCCAAACAGCGCUUGUUGGGCUGGAUACAGAACAAAGUGCCCCAGCUGCCCAUCCACAACUUCAACCGGGACUGGCGGGACGGCAAAGCCCUGGGAGCGCUGGUGGACAACUGUGCCCCCGGUUUGUGUCCUGAUUGGGCCGAGUGGGACCCCAACCAGCCCGUGGAAAAUGCCAGAGAAGCCAUGCAGCAGGCUGACGACUGGCUGGGUGUGCCUCAGGUGAUUGCACCUGAGGAGAUUGUGGACCCAGAUGUGGACGAGCACUCAGUGAUGACCUACCUGUCUCAGUUCCCCAAGUCCAAACUGAAGCCUGGCGCUCCUCUCAGGCCCAAACAGCUUUUCCCAAACAAGGCUAAAGCCCACGGACCAGGUAUUGAGCCUCAUGGCAACAAGGUGCUGCAGACGGCCGUGUUCACUGUGGAAACUCUGGAAGCUGGAAGCGGGGAGGUCCUGGUCUACGUGGAGGAUCCUGAGGGACACAAAGAGGAGGCUAAAGUUAAACCCAACAAGGACAAAAACAGAACCUACACUGUCACCUAUGUCCCUAAAGUUGAGGGUGUCCACAAGGUGAAAGUGCUGUUUGCAGGUCAGGACAUAGACAAGAGCCCAUACACUGUGAACGUGGCGAAGGAUUUGGGUGACGCCAGCAAAGUCCAUGCUAGAGGACCAGGUCUGGACGCCACAGGCAAUGUGACAAACAAACCCACCUACUUUGACAUCUACACAGCAGGUGCUGGCAAUGGCGAUGUCAGCGUGGUCAUUGUCGAUCCUCAGGGCAAGAAGGACACCGUGGAGCUCAUCCUGGAGAAUAAGGGGGACAGUGUUUUCCGUUGCACCUAUCGUCCCAUGCUGGAGGGCCCUCACACCAUCCACAUCCUCUUUGCAGGCCAGGAGAUCCCCAAGAGCCCUUACACUGUCAACGUCUUGGAGGCUCUGCCCGUUGCUCCUCCCACGGGAGCUCCCCUGCAGAUAAUCCCUCAGUCAGUGCGCACCCCUCCUGGAGUGAAAGCUGGGAAGGGGGCUCCUCCUUCGAAACCUGGUCGCCCAACCACGAAUCCAAACGCCUGCAGAGCCACAGGUAGAGGCCUUCAGCCUAAAGGCGUGAGAGUGAAGGAGGUUGCAGACUUCAAAGUUUUCACCAAGGGAGCUGGCACUGGAGCGCUGAGCGUCUCAGUCAAAGGACCAACUGGAGCGGAGGAGCAAGUGAAAGUGCGUGAUGCCGGGAAUGGCGUAUACGAAUGUGAAUAUUUGCCCCUUAAGCCUGGCAAAUACACCGUCAGCAUCACCUGGGGAGGCCAGCCCAUCCCACGCAGCCCUUUCGAGGUGGAAGUGGGUAAGGAGGCAGGUUUUCAGAAGGUGAGGGCCUGGGGUCCUGGUCUGAAGACUGGCAUGGUGGGAAAAUCCGCUGACUUUGUCGUGGAGGCCAUCGGCGUUGAAGUUGGGACUCUAGGCUUCUCCAUUGAAGGCCCAUCACAGGCUAAAAUUGAGUGUGAUGAUAAGGGCGAUGGCUCCUGUGAUGUACGCUACUGGCCAACUGAAGCUGGUGACUACGCUGUCCAUGUCGUCUGUGAUGAUGAGGACAUCAAGGACAGUCCCUUCAUGGCCCACAUCCUCCCUGCAGUCAAUGACGUCUUCCCUGAGAAGGUGAAAGCCUAUGGACCAGGUCUGCAGCCAACCGGCAUCAUCGUGAACAAAGCGACUGAAUUUACAAUUGAUGCCCGCAUGGCUGGGACGAGUCACCUCAAGAUCUAUGCACAGGAUGCUGAAAGCUGCACCAUCAACAUCAAGAUCACUGACAAGGGAGACGGCACAUUUCUGUGUGUGUACACUCCUGUCAAGCCCAUUAAACACACCAUCAUCAUCACAUGGGGGGAUGUUAACGUGCCCAACAGCCCCUUCAGGGUGCUGGUUGGAGAGGGUUGUCAUCCAGACAAAGUCAAGGUCUAUGGGCCCGGAGUGGAGAAGACUGGGCUGAAGGCUAACGAGCCAACAUACUUCACUGUGGACUGCGGCGAGGCCGGUCAAGGGGACAUCAGCAUUGGAAUCAAGUGUGCCCCAGGAGUGGUUGGACCAGCUGAGGCUGACAUCGACUUUGACAUCAUCAAGAAUGACAAUGACACCUUCACUGUCAAGUACACUCCCCCUGGCGCAGGCCGAUACACCAUCAUGGUGCUGUUUGCUGACCAGGAAAUUCCCAUCAGUCCAUUCAAAGUCAAAGUUGAUCCUUCCCAUGAUGCUGGCAAGGUGAGAGCAGAGGGUCCUGGACUCAACAAGACAGGAGUGGAGGUGGGAACUCCAACCCACUUCACCAUCUUCACAAAGGGAGCUGGCAAGGCCAAGCCUGAGGUGCAUUUCACAGCGCCGGGCCCGGGAGAGGUGGUUCGUGACUUUGAGAUCAUCGAUAACCACGAUUACUCCUACACUGUCAAGUACACAGCUCUUCAACAGGGUAACAUGACUAUUUCAGUGACUCAUGGAGGAGACCCCAUUCCCAAGAGCCCGUUCCACAUCUCGGUGGCACCACCUCUGGAUAUUGGAAAGGUGAAAGUGGAUGGAUUGGACACCAAAGUGGAAGUCGGAAAGGAUCAAGAGUUCUCAGUUAACACAAAGGGCGCCGGUGGGCAGGGCAACGUAGCCGUGAAAAUGACCUCACCCUCUGGCCGCCCGAUUCCAUGCAAGCUGGAGUCUGACAAAGCCAAAGGCGCUCACAGUGUGAAGUAUAUUCCCCCAGAGGAGGGACAGUACAAGGUUGAUGUCAGCUACGAUGGCAACCCAGUGAUGGGAAGCCCCUUUGGUGUUGAAGCAGUGAUGCCUGCUGAUCCUUCCAAAGUGAGAGCCUAUGGCCCAGGCCUGAAGGGAGGCAUUGUGGGUAAACCCGCUCCAUUCACUAUUGACACAAAGGCAGCUGGUGCAGGUGGGCUGGGCCUGACAGUGGAGGGCCCCUGUGAAGCUAAAAUUGAAUGUCAGGACAACGGCGACGGCACAUGCUCCGUGUCCUACCUGCCCACUGAGCACGGGGAGUACGCCAUCAAUAUCCUGUACGCGGAGCAGCACAUCCCUGGCUCUCCCUUCAAGGCUGCAGUGCGCCCGGCCUUCGAUCCCAGCAAGGCGACAGCGAGCGGCCCCGGUCUGGAGAAGGCCAAGGCGGGCGAACCAGCGACCUUCACUGUGGACUGCACCCGAGCGGGCGACGCCGAGCUCACCAUCGAGAUUGUGUCGGAGACAGGGGUUAAGGCUGAAGUGCACAUCAAGAAAAGUGCAGAGGGGACCUUCUCUGUAACGUACACCCCAUCCUUCCACGGCGCACACACCAUCACCAUCAAGUACGGCGGCCAUACGAUUCCUCAGUUCCCCAAGGUGCUGCAGGUGGAGCCCUCUGUGGACACCAGUGGGGUGCAUGUGUACGGACCAGGAGUGGAGCCCAGAGGGGUCCUCAGAGAAGUCACAACCCACUUCAUCGUGGACGCCCGCACCCUCAACAAGGUUGGAGGAAACCACGUGAAGGUUCACAUCAUCAGCCCCUCGGGCACCAACACAGAGAGCUUCAUCACCGAUAAGGGAGACGGCACAUACAGAGUGGAGUACACAGCGUUCGAGGAUGGAAUGCAUCUGAUAGAGGUGCUGUACGAUGACGCGCCCGUACCCAAGACCCCCUUCAGAGUGUCUGUGGUGGAGGGAUGUGAUCCCACCCGGGUCCGCGCCUUUGGCCCAGGUCUGGAAGGAGGAAUAACCAACAAGUCCAACUGCUUCACUGUGGAAACCAGGGGCGCUGGUACCGGAGGCCUGGGCCUGACCAUCGAGGGAGCCUCAGAGGCCAAAAUAUCCUGCAAAGACAAUAAAGACGGCAGCUGCAGUGUGGAGUACGUCCCCUUCACUCCUGGAGAUUACGACGUCAACAUCAACUACGGAGGUCACCCGAUCCCUGGCAGCCCGUUCCGCGUUCCAGUGAGAGACCCCGUGGACCCCAGCAAAGUGAAGUGCUCAGGUCCAGGUCUGGGCGGCGGAGUGAGAGCCCACAUUCCUCAGACCUUCACAGCCGACUGCACCCAGGCUGGACAGGCCCAGCUGGAUGUCAAACUCUACGGCCCAACAGGUACCGUGGAGCCAGUAGGUGUGAAGAACAACGGUGAUGGAACCCACACAGUUCACUACACCCCGGCUCAGGACGGCCCUUACACUGUCGGUGUCAAAUAUGCAGAUCAGGAGGUCCCACACAGCCCAUUCAAGGUCAUGUCUCAGCCCGGGCACGAUGCCAGUAAGGUGCGUGCCAGUGGCCCCGGUCUGGACACCAAAGGUGUGUCUGCUAGUCUUCCUGUGGAGUUCACCAUCGAUGCUCGGGAUGCUGGAGAGGGACUACUCACCGUGCAGAUCCUGGUGGGUUUGCAGCCACAUUUAUUCAAAGAUUUCAAAUGUAAUCUAAUCGUAAACUGUCAUUUUAAACAACUCCAUGCCUUUUAUUGACAGGACCCAGAAGGCAAACCAAAGAAUGCAACCAUCCAGGACAACAGGGACGGCACCUACACUGUGUCCUAUGUACCUGACUCUACCGGUCCCUACACCAUCACCAUUAAAUAUGGAGGAGAUGAGAUCCCUUACUCCCCAUACAGCAUCCAGUCUCUGCCCACAGGAGACGCCAGCAAAUGUCGCCUCACAGUGUCGAUUGCAGGACAUGGCAUGUCGAGUCUUCAGAAGCUGCAGACCUCUGAGGACACUGUUAUCACUGUGGAUGCCAAGGCUGCCGGGAAAGGCAAGGUGACCUGUAAAGUGCUGACCCCACAGGGGAUGGAGCUGGACAUGGACGUGGUGGAGAAUCGUGAUGGCACCUUUGACAUUUACUACACUGCCCCCGAACCUGGAAAGUAUGUUAUUACUAUCCGCUUUGGGGGCCAGAACAUCCCUAAGAGCCCCUUCCAUGUGAUGGUGAGUGAAACAGUGUUUUAUAAGCUGCUAUUUUGUGUUUCUCUUGUUCCGAUUUUGUACUUAUUUACUGCUCGUCGUUAAUUUACUCCCUCUGCCUCAAAUGAGCCAGUUGCUCCCCGAGAUACCGUGGAUCCUCUCUUCCGCCCCGUUAACUUCCUCGUCCCCUUCACGCCACAGCAGGGAGAAAUCACAGGUGAGGUGCGAAUGCCUUCGGGCAAGACUGCUCGCCCGCAUAUCACUGACAACAAGGAUGGCACCAUCACUAUCAAGUACCAGCCCAUAGAGAGAGGCCUGCACGAGAUGGACAUCAAAUAUGACGGCAACCACAUUCCAGGAAGCCCUCUGCAGUUCUAUGUUGAUGCUGUGAACAGUGGAGUGGUGACUGCUUACGGUCCCGGUCUGAGUUACGGCAUGGUCAACAAGUCUGCCACUUUCACUGUGGUCACCAAGAAUGCAGGAGAAGGUGGUCUGUCACUGGCGGUGGAGGGUCCCUCUAAGGCCGAGAUCACCUGUAAGGACAACAAAGAUGGAACCUGCACUGUGUCCUACCUGCCCACGACUCCUGGAGACUACAAUAUCAUCGUCAAGUUUGACAACAAGCACAUUUCUGGCAGUCCCUUUACUGCUAAGAUUACUGGGGACGACUCCAUCACCAGGACGUCCCAGCUGAACGUGGGCACAUCGGCUGACGUGUCCCUGAAGAUCACAGAGACUGAUCUGAGCUCUCUGACUGCCAGUAUCAGAGCUCCAUCAGGCAACGAGGAGCCGUGCCUGCUCAAGAGACUGCCCAACAGACACCUCGGUAUCUCCUUCACCCCUAAGGAGGUUGGUGAGCAUGAGGUCAGCGUGAGGAAGAAUGGCUUGCACGUAGCUAACAGCCCUUUCAAGAUCAUGGUUGGCCAGUCAGAGAUCGGCGAGGCCAGCAGGGUCAAGGCUUUCGGUAAAGGCCUCAUGGAGGCGCACACUUUUGAAAUGGCGGAAUUCUUCGUGGAUACAAGGAAUGCGGGUUACGGAGGUCUAGCAUUGUCGGUUGAGGGUCCGAGCAAAGUGGAUAUCAACUGUGAAGAUGUAGAGGAUGGGACGUGCAGAGUGACAUACUGUCCAACAGAACCUGGCAGUUACAUUGUCAAUAUCAAGUUUGCGGAAAAGCACAUCCCAGGAAGUCCUUUCACAGUGAAGGUGACUGGAGAUGGAAGAAUCAAAGAGAGCAUUACCAGGAAGAGGCAGGCGUCUUCUAUCGCCUCAGUGGGCAGCACAUGUGGCCUGAACCUCAAAAUCCCAGGAAACUGGUUCCAGAUGGUUUCAGCUCAGGAGAGGCUGACCAAGACGUUCACCCGCAGCAGCCACACCUACACCCGCACCGAGCGCACGGAGAUCAGCAAAAGCCGCGGCGGCGAAACCAAGCGGGAGGUACGAGUGGAGGAGAGCACCCAGGUGGGGGGGGGAGGAGCCCCGUUCAGAGACGUCUUUGGAGACUUCCUGGGCAGGGAGAGCCUCAGCAGCUUUGCCGGCAUCACGGCCAGACCUGAGGGUGAGAUUGAGAGCGGCUCGCAGGCCAUGACGGCUCAGGUGACCAGCCCCAGUGGGAAAACGGUGGACGCCGACCUCGUGGACGGAGGGAGCAGCACCUACAGCGUCCGCUUCAUCCCUCAGGAAAUGGGACCCCACACGGUCAAUGUCAAAUACAGAGGCCAGCACGUCCCCGGGAGCCCCUUCCAGUUCACGGUGGGCCCCAUGGGGGAGGGAGGGGCACACAAGGUCCGUGCAGGAGGGCCCGGCCUGGAGAGGGGCGUAGCUGGAGCACCCUCUGAGUUCAGUAUCUGGACCAGGGAGGCCGGUGCUGGCGGCCUGUCCAUCGCCGUCGAGGGUCCGAGCAAGGCUGAAAUCUCCUUUGAGGACAGAAAGGACGGUUCUUGCGGAGUCUCCUACAUAGUGAAAGAACCAGGUGACUACGAGGUCUCCAUCAAGUUCAACAACGAGCAGAUCCCCGACAGCCCCUUCAUCGUGCCGAUCGCUACACUCUCCGACGAGGCUCGCAGGCUCACUCUCACCAGCAUUCACGAGAAGGACUUGAAGGUGAACCAUGAAGCCUCCUUCAUGGUUCAGCGGAACGGCACUCGAGGUGUAGUGGACGCUAAGGUCCACACCCCCUCCGGCUCCUCUGAGGAAUGCUAUGUCACCGAGCUUGACAGCGACAAGAGCACAAUUCGCUUCAUUCCACGGGAGAAUGGAGUCCACUCCAUCGACGUCAAGUUCAAUGGAUGCCACAUUCCUGGAAGCCCCUUUAAUGUGCGAGUGGGCGACCUGGGGCUGAUUGGAGACCCAGGCAUGGUGACGGCACAUGGUGCUGGACUACAGGGAGGAACCACAGGUGUAUCCUCAGAGUUUGUGGUCAACACCUGUAACGCGGGCUCGGGCACUCUGUCCGUCAACAUCGACGGGCCGUCCAAAGUGAAGAUGGACUGCCGCGAGAGUCCCGAGGGCUACAAAAUCAACUACACCCCGAUGGCACCUGGCAACUAUCUGGUCACCAUCAAAUACGGCGGGCCGCAGCACAUAGUGGGCAGCCCGUUCAAAGCCAAAAUCACAGGUGCCCGGCUCUCAGGGGGACACAGCCUCCAUGAGACCUCCUCUGUCUUGGUGGAAACAGUUACCAAGUCUUCCAAAGUGGGUGGAGCCUACAGCGCGUCCUCCUCCUCCGCCACCUCAACCAAACUGACAUCCGACGCCAGCAAGGUGGUCUGUCAUGGAGCAGGACUGACCAAAGCUUUGGUGGGACAAAAGAAUACUUUUACAAUUGACAGCAGCAAAGCAGGGAGCAACAUGCUGAUAGUGGGCGUGCACGGCCCCCACACUCCCUGCGAGGAGGUGUACGUCAAGCACAUGGGCAACAAGCUCUACAACGUCACCUACACUGUCAAGGACAAGGGCAGCUACACCGUCAUUGUCAAGUGGGGAGACGACAACGUCCCCGGGAGCCCUUACAAAGUGGCUGUGGCCUAA